GCGUUGGUGACGAACCGGCUCUGGGCUUGCGGUGGCUGGGGUGGCCCGGGCGAUGUGAGGGGUCCCCGGGCGGGAUGGUGCAGACCUGGGUAGGGCCGUCUUCCAGCGGGAUAAGUGCCUCCGACCGACAAGCGGUGGAAGAGACCGACGGGCGAGAGGAAGAGCAAUAUAAUUUUUAGCAACAGGAAUCAGUAACUGGAAGUACAAGAUUGGUUGUUUAAUAAUGUUAAAUUGAAGGUUUGAUCAGCAGAGGUGCUGUUACCAGAUUUGUCUUCUGGGUAUCAAUUGAAAAUGACUGAAGUUCAAGCAAUGGUAGAAUUCUCCGUGGAGCUAAACAAGUUCUACAAUGUGGAUUUAUUUCAGAGAGGUUUUUACCAAAUUCGUGCGUCUAUGAAAAUUCCACCAAGAAUUCCUCACAAAGUAGAAGCUAGUUUGUUACAUGAAACAGGUAUGACUUUAGCUUUUCCAGCUUCCAUUCAUGGGUCUCUGAUUUGCAGUAAAACCUUUCAAAUUCUAUACAAAAAUGAGGAAGUUGUUUUAAAUGAUGUUAUGAUCUUCAAAGUUAAAAUGUUGUUGGAUGAAAAAAAGAUUGAAGAAACACUUGAGGAAAUCAAUUUUAUGUUAUCCUUGGAUCUACACUUCACAGUCGGAGAUUAUUCGGCAGAUGAUUUGAACACCUUGCAACUAAUAAGUAGCCGAACAUUGAAGCUGCACUUUAGCCUCCAUAAAGGCCUUCAUCAUCAUGUUAAUGUUAUGUUUGAUUAUUUCCACCUCUCUGUUGUAUCUGUUACAGUCCAUGCAUCAUUGGUUGCUCUACACCAGCCACUAAUAAGCUUUCCUCGUCCUGUGAAAACUACUUGGUUAAACAGAAAUGUACCAGCACAAAACCGAGAUUCUCUGAUUCCUACUCUGGAAAGUGUGGUCUUUGGGAUUAACUACAGCAAACAAUUAUCACCAGAUGGAUGCAGUUUCAUUAUUGCAGACUCCUUCCUACAUCAUGCUUAUAAUUUUCAUUAUACUCUUUGUGCCACUUUGCUGCUAGCUUUCAAAGGAUUGCACAGCUACUUCCUUACGGUAACAGAAGAGAUUCCCUCUUGUCAGAAACUAGAGCUGGCCAAGGCCAACAUGCAGGUCCUCUCUGAGCGCCUUCUCAGAAGAAAGCAGUCCUGGCCCCAGAAAGACACUGCUCUAGAGGAAAUGGAUGUAGAAGCUCGCCUUACUGAACUAUGUGAAGAAGUGAAGAAAUUAGAAAACCCUGAUGAACUGGCAGAACUUAUAAAUAUGAAUCUUGCACAACUUUGUUCACUUUUGAUGGCUUUAUGGGGACAGUUUCUGGAAGUUAUGACACUACAUGAAGAACUAAGAAUAUUAUUAGCACAGGAGCAUCAUACUUUGAGGGUGCGCAGAUUUUCUGAGGCAUUCUUUUGUUUUGAACAUCCAAGAGAAGCUGCCAUUGCAUACCAGGAACUUCAUGCUCAGAGUCAUCUACAGAUGUGCACCGCUAUCAAAAAUACUUCCUUCUGCAAUUCUCUUCCACCCCUACCUAUUGAAUGUAGUGAAUUAGAUGGAGAUCUCAAUUCAUUACCUAUAAUCUUUGAAGAUAGGUAUUUAGAUUCUGUUACUGAAGACUUAGAUGCACCCUGGAUGGGAAUUCAGAAUCUUCAGAGAUCAGAAUCCAGUAGAAUGGAUAAAUAUGAGACUGAAGAAAGCUCUGUAGCUGGACUUUCUAGCCCAGAGUUGAAAGUCAGACCUGCUGGUGCCUCCAAUAUGUGGUAUACAGAUGGUGAAAAGCAGCUAACAAAGUCUCUUAAAGGAAAGAAUGAAGAAUCAAAUAAACCCAAAGUUAAGGUUACUAAGCUCAUGAAAACUAUGAAACCAGAAAACACCAAAAAAUUAAUAAAACAGAGCCCUAAGGAUUCUGUAGUUUUGGUAGGCUACAAAUGCCUGAAAAGUACCGCAUCACAUGAUCUGUCUAACUACUUUGAAAGCAACCCUUCACAUAGUCAGAAAGAAGGUCUGGAUCCCACAAUAUGUGGAUAUAAUUUUGACCCAAAGACCUACAUCAGACAGACAAGUCAAAAAGAAGCUAGCCCAUUGCCAGCUAAUACAGAGAGAACUGAACAAAAGUCUCCAGAUAUUGAACAUGUCCAACCAAACCAAUUUGAUCCUUUGAACUCUGGCAGCCUAAAUCUUUGUACAAAUUUGUCCAUUUCAGGUAAACUUGGUAUGCCCCAGGACGAUAGUGAAAUUACUCCAGUGGAACACUGUCUGGCAUCCAGAAGCUCAUCCGAUGAUUGCCAUGAUCAUCAGACAACCCCAUCUUCGGGAGUUAGAACAGUUGAAGUAAUGUCCAACAAUAAGGAUCCUUUUUUGGGAGAGAAAGUAGCAGUUAAAAUAGGACCUUGGACAGAGCCACAACCAGAUGAACUAUUUGUGGAUCACUUUCAGCUAUUGAACAUUGAAUCCGUAGACUCUAAUUGUAAAUCUAAAUCUAUAGAACUAGCCCUUGAGAAGGAAGCUUUACAGGAGGCAAAGUGUCAUUCUGUUGGAGACUCACUAGCUAAAUUAAGAAAUAAUCUACCUGCUCCUUCUACAAAAGAAUGUCAUGUUAUAGUAGGUGGAGAUAAAAUAAAGUUGCCAGAUAUUAAUGCCACAUAUGCUUCAUCUAGAUUGUCUGAUUCAGGUGUUGAAAGUGAACCAAGUUCGUUUGCAACACAUUCAAACCCAGAUGUAGUACUUGAAACUAUACACGGACAAGGUCUUUACAAUACUGAAAGAUUACUUCCUCAGCUUUUGAUGAAACCUGACUAUAAUAUACAGCUCUCACUAGAAAAUCAUUGUACUGAGAGCACAAGUGCUUUAAGUGAAAUACAGUCAUCUCUGACAUCUAUAAACUCUCUACCUUCUGACGAUGAACUGUCACCUGAUGAAAUUUCUAAGAAAUCUCUUGUGGCUGAAUGCCAUCUGAGUGAUAGUAAAACUGUAUUAAAUCUGGGAACAGUUGAUUUGCCAAAAUGUGAUGAUAGUAAAAAUUCAAGUAUUAUCUUGAAACAGCAGAGUGCUGUAUUUUCAGGGGAUGUGGACAAUGAAACAAUAGCAACACAGUCCUUAAAUUCAAGCACCAAAGACUCUUUACAAUUUGUUUUUUCUGAUGAAGAUACUUCCGGUGAUGGGAAAAGUCGUAUCAGCUCCAAGCCUAACUUAGAUAGUGUGUGUACAGACUCCCCGAGUGCUAAUAAAUCUGACCACUCUGCAGGGACAGCAAUUACAUUCGACUCAACACUGGUUUGUGUAGGAACUUCGUCUUGUGUUAUUUCAGGGUCUGUUUCUACUCAUACAGGAAUUCCUGAAGCUAGAACUAUGGAAGGAAUAGAUAGUGAGGCAUUAAAUUUCAAACAAAUAUAUUCAGCAACUUCCACGGUUAAAAGCGAAAGUCAUCUGGGUACGGGCGACCCAUUUUCUGCCAGUAUUGAUGUGGUAAAGCAGGGGCUCGUGGAAAACCAUUUUGGGUCUCAAAGCAGUACCAGUACAGACAAUACUGACACAUGUGUUCUUAGCUACAGCAAUUCCUGCUCUCAGAAGGAAACUUUUGAAAAAGAAAUUAGUAACCAGCAGGAACAAAAUAAAGAGGAUGAGGAGGAAGAACAGGAUCAACACAUGGUUCAAAAUGGAUAUCAUGAAGAAACAGAUGAUUCAGCUUUGGAUGAAACCGUAAUUGCUCACUGCUCAAACAGAGGUGCACUCGUAGGAGAGAAACUUGGAAAAUUUGAACAAGUACACAGUGAUUAUCUGAGGGAUGGGAUGAACAUGCCUACUGUCUGCACUUCUGGGUGUUUGUCUUUCCCGUCUGCACCACGGGAGUCUCCUUAUAGUGUUAACUGUUCUUCUAAAAAUCAAUUUGAUGCCAUUACAAAACAGCCAAGCAGCACUUCGUGCAACUUUACUUCAUCAUUUUCCUGGUUUGAAAAUUCUCCAAAACCUCAAAUACAAGCUUUCCUUCAUGCCAAAGACGAACUGAAGCAUCUUAGACUGCCAGGGUUUAUGUACAGUGAUGUUCCUCAGCUGGCAUCCUCCGCACCUUACUUCAGCGUGGAAGAAGACGAUGACCCUGACGCCGGGGUGCAUCUUAUUGUCUGUGUGCAUGGCUUAGAUGGUAACAGUGCAGAUCUUCGAUUAGUAAAAACUUACAUUAAACUUGGACUGCCUGGGGGAAGAAUUGAUUUUCUGAUGUCUGAAAGAAAUCAGAAUGAUACUUUUGCUGAUUUUGAUAGCAUGACUGAUCGCCUUCUGGAUGAAAUAAUACAAUACAUUCAGAUAUAUAGUCUAACAGUCUCAAAAAUAAGCUUUAUUGGACAUUCAUUGGGAAAUUUAAUAAUCCGUUCAGUGCUUACAAGGCCAAGAUUUAAAUAUUACCUUCAUAAACUUCAUACCUUUCUGUCUCUUUCUGGACCUCACCUUGGUACACUCUACAAUAGCAGUGCCCUUGUUAACACAGGACUCUGGUUUAUGCAGAAGUGGAAAAAGUCAGGUUCUCUUUUGCAACUGACAUGUCGAGAUCAUUCAGACCCUCGCCAAACUUUCUUAUAUAAGCUCAGUCAGAAAUCAGGGCUUCAUUACUUCAAAAAUGUUGUGCUGGUGGGAUCGCUACAGGAUCGCUAUGUUCCUUAUCACUCUGCCCGCAUUGAGAUGUGUAAAACAGCAUUAAAGGACAAACAGUCAGGACAAUUCUAUUCUGAAAUGAUUCAUAACUUAUUACACCCAGUUCUGCAAAGCAAGGACUGUAAUUUGGUUCGAUAUAAUAUCAUCAAUACCUUACCCAAUACAGCUGAUUCACUCAUUGGAAGAGCUGCACAUAUAGCUGUUCUUGACUCAGAAAUAUUUUUAGAAAAGUUCUUUUUGGUUGCUGCCCUGAAAUAUUUCCAGUAGGAUAAAAACAUUGUUAGAGACUUGACAAUUACCUCAUUCAACAAUGAUUCAAAUAAUGUAUUAUAUUAAACUAUAGAUGCUGAUGACUUCUAAGAAAUAUUUAUACCUUUUUAUAUGGAAGAUAAUUUAUAUCAUCCAUGUUUAGAGCUUUGUAAAACAUCAACAACUUUACUUUCUGGGUAAUGUGGCUGUGCAAUAUUUUUUUAAUUUUAUCUUUUUACUUUUCUAUUACUUUUUCACAUAUUUUGCUACCAAAAUAUUUCAAUGAAACAUUAAACCCACAUACAUCUCAUUAUUGACUUCCCACACAGUUCUCACCUAUUAGAGGCCAUUAUUGCUAGAAUAGCCUGGGAUUUUGAAUUUUCUAUUUGGUAUUUAGUUAAUUAUAAGGUUUACUUUUUCGCAUUUUAGUAUAUUCUAACUGGAAAUAAAAUUGUGACUGCUAAAAUAUAUUUUUUGAAAUCAACUUCUAUAGCUCUAAAAUACAUCUUUAUCAUAUGAUCAAACCAGGUAGUUCAUAUAUGACAAUGUUAUAAACGUUUUCUAUGAAGUCUUUAUUUUUACUAUUAAACAUGUCAUACCUAUUAAAAUCUAUUUUCUACUGGUGAUUACAACAUUGUUUCUCAUAUUGACUUUUAUUACUGGAACUCUUCAUGUUAGUAGCACAUAAAGGUUUUUGAAUGUUUGAAUGCCCUCUGCUAUGAUUUGGUUGGAAAUUUGCUAAACUUGGAAGCAUUGCUUGGGUUUUCAGACUACAUUUCUUUAACUUUUUUCAUGAGCUUCCCUGUAUGUAUAUAUAACAGUUGUUGAAAUGUCUGAAAUACUUUUAUGAAUUUAGAUAAUUUUUAAAUAUUGUUAAAUUUUAUUGAACUGAAAUAAUGUAAAUAAAGAGUUCAUGUGAAAAAUGCAACAAAAUGAUUAACUUUACAUGUUUGAUGAUAAAGAUGCAGAAGUUUUUGAUCUAUUGAGAUGAGUCUUUUGACUUUACUAAAGGUGCUGAAUAGCAUUAAAUUCACUAUUUUCCUUUCCUCUUUUCACUAGUGAAGUAAUAAUGCACUAAUGGUGGCUAGAAGGUUCUCUGGACCGAUGUUUUUUGUAAAUAUGUAUUGUAUAAUUGAUGCAUGUUUAUUUUUAGCAUUGUGUUAUUGCCUCCGAUGUUAAUAAAUGAACAAUUGGUUAUCUA